UGCGCGUACAUACAUGGCGUGUACACAGCUGACGCUGAAUAACAUAAUGCAAAUGCAAGGUGCUAUGGAGUCUUUUCUUGACGUAUCAAAAGUUGCUUUGUCCAACUUGUCACAUCAAACAAUUCGUGUUAUCCUGGGAAAUCAAACCUGUGACUUGGAUUCUGCUGUAUGCACUCUGGUGAAAGGACUGUUAGAGUAUGUCAACGCUAAGAAACAUGGAAAGACCGAUCUAGCUGUGAUACCAAUUCUAAAUAUUCCACAGGAGAAUUUUAGCAUCAAAACUGAAGUAGUUUACUGGCUGCUAUCUCAUAAUAUCCAACAGAAUUUAUUGACAUUUAGAGAUCAGAUAAAUUUGCAUAACCUGCAGAACAAUACUGACAAGAAAUUGGAGCUGAUCCUAGUUGAUCAUCAUACUCUCCCAAAUGAAGAUGUUGCAUUGAAACCUUCAGUAAUAACAAUUAUUGAUCACCGACCAUUAGAUCCAACCUGGUCAUGGCCUGAUACACUAUUAAACAUAGAAAUUGUUGGAAGCUGUGCAAGCCUUAUCACACGAGACAUACUCCAAGAAAAUCUUGAUAUAUUGGAUACUCAGGUUGCAAGCCUUUUGAGAGGUCCAAUUUUGGUUGAUACCUACAAUAUGUCAGCUAAGGGUAAUCGAGUGACUGCCACUGAUAUCAAUGCAUUAAAUAAACUUGAGCAACUUGGUAGACUCACAUCUGAUAGAACCAAGAUAUUUAAUGAGAUUAUGAAAGCAAAAAAGGAUAUCAGCAAAUUGACUGUCAAAGAACUUAUGGUUAAGGAUCUAAAAGUAACAAGUGAUGUGCCCAUUGCAGUUUUCCCUCUUUUAGUGGAGGAUCUUCUCAUACGAAAGAAUGCAGAAGAGAUGAUUGAAAAGUUUUGCAUUGAUAGAAAUUGUACUGUCGUCGUUCUCAUUGGUCUUGAUGUGAGCGACAAACAUAUGUCUAAAGAUAUUGCGGUCUUUUCCACGUUAUGCAAUCAAUUAGGAAAUGACAUUAUUGAAGCAUUAACUUCUUCUACACAACCACGCUUGGAUAUAGAGCUAAUCAAAGAGAUUCGAAAAGAAAGAUACAAUAUCUGCUUAUAUAAAUUAGGGAAUUUAGAGGUAACACAAAAAUGCAUACUUCCACUCGGCAUGGAAGAAGGAAAGAUCCCAGAUGAAGCGAUUACGGCGUCGUCCAGUUACGAAAUGAAAUCUGUGGGCCCCCAAAAUGCAAGAAUACGACAAGAGAAGAACGGCGGUGCUUGGUGUCCGAAAGCUCAGAUCAGUAGCGCGAUACGUGAAUACUUAGAGAUUGAUCUGACGAGAAGCCAUCUCAUCACGUGGACCGAGACUCAAGGCCGAUUUGGUAAUGGUCAGGGUCAGGAAUACGCUGAGGCGUUCUUCCUGGAAUAUUGGCGACAUGAAAAGUGGCAUCAGUAUAAAGAUUUGAAAGGGAACAAGAUUCUACGUGGUAACAGCAAUACAUAUCUAGUUGAAAAGCAGAAGUUAGAUUUGCCGUUCGUCGCGAGUCGAGUGAGAUUCGUCCCUUACAGUCAACACCCGCGCACUGUUUGCAUGAGAGUCGAGAUUUAUGGCUGCAUCUGGAAUCAAGAUAUGGUCAGUUACACUGCGCCUAAAGCUGAUAAAAACGGACCUAAUGGGUGCAACGUUGAGGACACGUCGUACGACGGCACGGAGAUAGAAAGACUAAUGUUGAACGGGUUAGGACAAUUGACUGACGGCAUUGUCGGAAGCGAAAUUGAGAUCCUACAAUCCGAUAGAAUAACCAACUGGGUUGGAUGGCGCGAUCGAGAUUAUGUCGAAUUGCUCUUCGAAUUUCAAGUCGCGCGGAAAUUUGCAAACUGCACGAUUCACGUAGCCGAUCUGUCCGAAUUGCGUAUCCAGAUGUUCUCGACGGUAACUUUCUGGUUUUCCUCGGACGGCAAGCAAUAUUCAGAAACGCCGGAAACAUUUAACAAUCCUAAGAUGAAUAUCAAUCUCGAUAGCGGCAGCAGCAAAAAUAGCGCUUCGGUAACUAUUCCGUUACAAUCGAGAAUCGGCAAAUUUAUCAAAGUGGAAUUGAAGCCUGAAGCGAGGUGGUUGUUGUUGAGCGAGAUCACGUUCAUAAUAGUUCCAGACGUGAAGAAUAAUACCGACGGAGCAUUGGAACGAUUAUCAUGGAUAUAUUCCAACAACAAUGAGAACAUAUCCCAAACGAUUAAUCAGGAUCAGUUGGCGAAAAUAAAACGCAUCGAGGACAAAGAGGACGAGAUCGACGAAGUGGACACUCAAGACGUGAAUAAGAUCAGAGGUGAAACUGGCGACGAGGCAAGAAUAAAUGUCAAACAUGGACGUACAGCGACUGGAAAGACGAAGAAUGAUUUCAACGAUACGAGUUUACUGAACGAUUCAAACCUAACGCCGGAUGCCUUCCCCGUGAAUAAUUCGCAGACUUACAUCGGGCUAAUCAGCGCGGCGUUAACUGUGAUCGCCUUCUUCUCAAGCUGCACAAUUUUCUUGAUGAAGCAGAGAGGGCGUAAUAAAGUGGCAUUACUACAGAAGCACACCGCGUUGCUGUGCAGCUCGCCAGCACCGGGUAUUACGAUUAAUACGAAGGACAUGAAAUUACCCACGCCAAUCGUGGUGAACAAUCUAUCUCAAUCCAGAUUAUCCUUGAAGAGCAAGAUUGCCUCUAACGGCGAUUACAAGUUUGGCGACGCUGACGCAGGCGAACAGCACAGCGCUUGUGAGAAGAUCAAUAAAAUACCCUCGGAACAAUACGUCAAAUGCGAGGCCAGGUCGAGUUAUAAAACGGAGCAUUUCGAUGUUAAAAACGGCGAAAAUUUUGCCGAUGAAACGCGAGCAGAAUGCGGAAUAAUACCAACGACGGCGAAAAAAUUGAAUCACUCGCAAGCGGGAAAGAUUAAUCAGAGAGUGUAUGAGAGUUAUUACGCAGCUACGGACAUCCUAACGAUAAAAAGGCGCGAACAAAAUCCUGCUGCGAGUCUUUUCACACCACUACUCAUUCGGGAUUCAGUUUUAUCGUACAAACGCGGGACCCACGACGUUCAGCGUGUUUCUCGGCAUAGAUUAAGAAUCCUCGAUAAACUCGGCGAGGGAAACUUUGGUCUGGUUCAUCUGUGUGAAGCAAAAGGCAUUCAAAAUCCAGAUCUAGGCAUUCUGCAAAACCGUCAAGUAGUGAUAGUGCGGUCCUUGUGGCGCGGCGUUGUCGACGCUUUAAGGGAGGAUUUCAUGAGCGACAUGCAUAUCUUGGCUGAAAUUCGCGACAUUAACAUUGCCAGAAUAAUCGCAAUCGUCGAAGAAGAACCAUUUAGUGCCAUUUUCGAAUAUGGAGAACUUGGGGAUCUAUCCAGUUUUCUAAAGAGCCGUGAUUGCGACGCACCGAUAAGUUACGAGUGCUCGUUAAAUCUGGUCGCGCAAAUCGCUUCAGGCAUGAAGUAUCUCGAGAGCUUGAACGUGCCGCACUGCGAUCUGGCAGCCAGGAAUUGUAUUGUCUGCAAAGAUCUACUGAUCAAAGUGUCCGACCAAGCUAUGUACUGCAGCAAAUACGACGGCGAGUAUUACGUUGAUGAGUGUUACGCGAAGAUACCGUUACGUUGGAUGGCAUGGGAAGCGGUCAUAUCGGGAAAACGAAGCUGUCAGUCCGACGUCUGGUCGUACGGCGUGACAGUUUGGGAGGUGUUGACGCGCUGCGAGGACGUGCCGUACGCCGAUCUGACUUCGGAACAGGUGUUGGAGAAUUGCGGUCUAUGGUACCACUCGUCGGACGGCGGUAAGAGCAAACGUCCGCGGCUUCUCGAGCAGCCGAUGUUCUGCACGGACGAUCUGUACCGGCUGAUGCUGAGGUGUUGGUGCAAACGCGCAGACGAUCGGCCCAGUUUCCAGGAGAUUCAUUGCUACCUCAAGAAGCUGACUUUGGAUUAAAAACGCAGACUCGCCACUUUUGAACGCGAGCGCAUUUAGCGGCGGGCGUACGGAGACGGGGCGACACCAUGCAUGCUCCAGCAGCGGCGCGGACCAAAUCGAUUACAAUCAGCUAAGAAGCAUCCUGAGAUUGCUUUCUUACCGCUUUUUGCGCACGAACGGCCACAAACUAAUAUCGCAAAUCGUCGCAGUCGUUGAAGAUGCCUAAAACACAUCAACGUGGGAUGCUCUCUGGCCACUAAUCUUACUGCUCAACUAGAUUUAUCUAAUUUGAUUAUACGAAUAAGUAUAGGUUAAUGAUAUAAUGAUAAACAAAAAAAAAAAGGAAUUCAACGCGACGGAUAAUCGCAUACAGAUUUCUCGUAAUACUCUAUGCCAAGAAAUAACCCGGGGAUGAUCUUCGACGAUUAUUUCUGCACUUGAAAUACGCGUGUAAUUUCGUGCGAAGAAAUGAUUCAUCUAGGUUUAUUGAUUUACAUAUCUUUCCUACGCUUAUAUAUGUGAUACUUAUUAUCGGUUACUUUUAGGAAGAUCGUUCUCUAUUCUUUCCAAUGUCCUUUACCCCGGCCAAUCGUAGUAAAAUCGCGACACGAACAAACUUUGCAGCAAGUUAUUCCACUUAAUGCGGACCUUGCGCAAAGUUUAGCCAUUUUGUCAGGGCUGGGUACUUUAUAUCAUCGUGAGAAUUCGUUGCAUAUAGCAGAAACAAAGUAUUAUACAUAAAAUCGACAUAGAGCGAGCGUUAUUACUUGAUUACGUCGAUAUGUGUAACUUGAAAACGCAUUGCGAUUAAUGAAGGAUGACAAUCAGUUUUGCUCACCUACUCGUAUGUACUUAUUUUACGAAGUACUAUCAUGAUAUAUACUCGUAUUGAAUCUGUUCGUUGCGACGAUCGAUUCAGCUUAUCUAUCUUAGGAGAAAGGUGGAUCGUUUGAUCUUCAAUUAAAUUUCGCAAUGAUGCAAGAUUUAAAUAUAGAGGAAUACUCUUCCAUAUAUCCUUUCUUAUAUAUAUCUCUCUUAAACUAAGUCAUCAAUUUUUAUUCAAAGAUAUAUAUAUAUAUAUAUAUAUAUAUAUAUAUAUAUAUAUAUAUAUAUAGUAUUUUUCGCGGAAUGUAUUUUAAAACAUGAGUGCUUUUUGCGGAUCGUGUUAUUGCGCGUCGUAAAUUCUUCGAGAGACUUUAUAGAGCGAAAUUGUGCCAAUUCAAGCGUUCUGUGCCAAAGGAAUAACCGAUAUUCGAAAGAACGCAUUUCAAGAUGGAUACGAGGCCUCAGUUUUAACAUACAUUCUGUAAUAAUAACGAUAUUAAUACUAAGAGAACAAUGAAAGGAGCAAGAGAGCAAAAUACGAGGAUCACAAUUACGAUAAUUGGAGUAUAAACAACGACGAUAAUAACGAUUAUGGUAAACGCGUACAAUUUUAGAUUAUAUAUGUUUAUAACAUAUUUGACAGAUGUAACGUUUAAUUAAAUCAAAUUUGUAAUAUCA